AUGGCGGCGGCACCGGCCCCACCGGCCCCGCGCUCCUUCAGCGCGGCCGAGGUGCGGGCUCGCUGUGCGCAGGGCUCCUGCCUGGUCCGCUGCCGCCGCCGCCUCUACGACCUGAGCGGCUUCGUGCGGCUGCACCCGGGCGGGGAGCAGCUCCUGCGGCGCCGAGCCGGCACCGACGUGAGCGCCGCGCUGGACGGGCCGCCCCACCGGCACUCGGCUAACGCCCGCCGCUGGCUCGAGCAGUACUACGUGGGGGAGAUGGAGUCCGGCGACGAGCAGACCCCACCUAAAGUGCUGAGGCCAGGUGCUGCAGCCCAGCCCUCAACGCAGAUGGAUCCCCGCUGUAAAAAAGUGGAUGAGGAGAAGGAUCUGGUGGACUGGCAGAAGCCCUUGCUGUGGCAGGUGGGCAACCUGGGGGAGAAGUACGACGAGUGGGUGCACCAGCCCGUAGACCGGCCCAUCCGCCUCUUCCACUCGGAUCUCCUCGAGUCCCUCUCCAAGACGGCGUGGUACGUGGUGAUCAUAGUGUGGGCUCCCGUGGUGCUCUAUCUCAGCUGGGUCAGCUACACCUUCCUCGCCCAGGGCAACACCAGGCUCUUCUCCUCCUUCACCACAGAGUACUCCAUCCCCGUCCACAAAUACUGCUUCCCCUUCAUCUUCCUCCUGGGGAUGUUCCUAUGGUCCCUGGUCGAGUACCUCAUCCAUCGCUUUGUCUUCCACAUGAACCCGCCCGCUAGUAACUACUAUCUCAUCACGCUGCAUUUCUUGCUGCAUGGGCAGCACCACAAGUCUCCCUUCGACAGCUCCCGCCUGGUGUUCCCUCCCGUGCCAGCCUCGCUGGUGAUGGGCUUCUUCUACGGCCUCCUGCGGCUGCUGCUGCCCGAGGGGCUGGGGCUGUCGGUGUUCGUGGGAGGGCUCUGCGGCUACGUCAUCUACGACAUGAUGCACUAUUACCUCCACUAUGGCUCCCCCAAGAAAGGCACCUACCUGUAUGGCCUGAAGGCUUACCACGUCAAGCACCACUUUGAGCACCAAAAAUCAGGCUUUGGCAUCAGCACCCGCUUCUGGGACCACCCCUUCCGGACGCUCAUCCCCGAGGAGACCUUCGCGAAGGAGGACUGA